ACCACCGGCGCCUCCUCCCUAUAGGUCGCGCCAUCCCCUCCUCCUUCUCCUCCCUAGUUGAUGUCCUCCUCCAUCACGGACAGUGCAUCCUCCCCUAGCACCACCAACAUGGGAGACGCCAUCAUCCCCUUUGCCACCGUCAACGUCAAGUCCCACGUCCCUGUGACACUGGAACUUCGCGCCGGCAACUACACCAAGUGGAGCACCUACUUCAAGGCCAUGUGCGGCAAGUUUGGACUCAAGCACAUCGACGGGACAGCAGCUCCUGCCGCCCCUGAUGACACCUGGAUCCAAACUGACUGCUGCGUCCGCAGCUGGCUAUACGGCUCCGUCUCUGAAUCUGUGCUAGACUUCGCCAUGGCACCGGAUCAGACGACGCGCCAGCUCUGGGUCGCCAUCGAUGCCCACUUCACGGCGAACAGGGCUCCGCGCUGCAUCUACCUCAGCCAUGAAUUCCACAACAUCAACCAAGGCGACCUCUCUGUUGAAGAUUACGGCCAGAAGGUCAAGCAGGCUGCUGAUCGCCUUCGCGAUGCUGGGGAACAAGUCGCAGAGAGCACCCUCGUCCUCAACCUCCUGCGUGGCGCCAACCCCAAGUUCAGCACCACCUGCGACUUCAUCGCUGGCACGCCCGGCAUGACCUUCGCCAUUGCCCUCGACCAGCUCGCCCUAAAGGAGCUCCGCCUCGCGCACGGAGCCUCCGUCACCGCCAACACUGCCCUAGUCGCAUCGCCCUCCUCUACUGGUUGUGGCUCUGCCUGCCGCCUCUCCUCGGCGCCCUCCGGCGCGCCACAGCAGCAGCAGCGCCGCCACAGGAAGAAGCGCAACGGCGGCGGCGGCGGCGGACAGCAAGGCGGCGGCGGGGACGGACAGCAAGGUGGCGGCGGGGGCGGCUACCAGCAGGGCGGCCAGGCCGCGCGCCCCCCCUACCCGACCGGCCCGUGGUUCUAUUUCAAUCCAUGGGCCGCCCAGUCGGGAGGACAGGCGGGCGUUUGGGCCGGCCAGGGAGCUGGCUACCGUGGAGGCCCAUCCACCACGGGCGGGUGGAGCGGACAGGGUUUGCUGGGCCCUGCGCCACUGCAGGCCCACACCGCCUUCGCCCCAUCUCAGUUCUCCCAGGCUCCUGCGCCUUCCUGGGACCAGGCAGGCCUCGUCGCCGCUCUCCAACAGAUGUCUCUCCAAGGCUCGUCUCCGUGGGUCAUGGACACCGGCGCCACCACCCACAUGCACUCCUCUGAAGCCACAACAUUAACCGGGCUUCAUUUUGUGGCUACAACCUUGAUGACAAUCGUGUUUCGGUGGUUAGGCCUGAGCCAGCCCUCCCAGUUACCGGUAGCGGAUCUGAUUAAAUUUGUGAUAUUUUCAAACUUGUCAAUUGUUGGGAUGAACGUGAGCUUGAUGUGGAACUCUGUGGGCUUUUAUCAGAUAGCAAAGCUGUGUAUGAUACCUGCUUCAUGUCUUCUGGAGAUUGUCUUUGAUCAUGUACAUUAUUCCCGCGACACAAAGCUGAGCAUAAUGGUUGUGCUUAUAGGAGUUGCAGUCUGCACGGUUACUGAUGUCAGUGUGAAUGCAAGAGGUCUAAUUGCGUCUGUUAUAGCUGUUUGGAGCACAGCCUUGCAACAAUAUUAUGUUCAUUUUCUUCAAAGGAAGUACUCUCUGAACUCGUUCAACCUCCUGGGCCACACUGCUCCAGCCCAAGCAGGGUCCCUCCUGCUACUGGGACCAUUUAUGGAUUACUUGUUGACAGGCAAAAGGGUGGAUCACUUCAAUUUCUCAUCUCUUGCUCUGUUUUUCCUCACACUCUCAUGCUUCAUCGCCAUUGGGGUUAAUUUGAGCCAAUUCAUCUGCAUCGGGCGGUUCUCUGCUGUGUCGUUCCAAGUGCUGGGCCACAUGAAGACUGUGCUUGUUCUGUCCCUUGGGUUUGUCUUCUUUGGCAAGGAGGGCCUGAAUCUUCAGGUAGUCCUCGGGAUGGUCCUCGCUGUUCUCGGAAUGAUCUGGUACGGUAACGCGUCGGCUAAACCAGGAGGCAAAGAAAGGCGCAGCAUCCUACCAGUGAGAUCUGGGAGUCUCAAGGGAAGUUCAGAAGAAACGGAUGGUGCUGAGAAAUAGUCUUUGCUACUACCAGACUCCAAAUGAUGGUACAGGGAAAUUUUCUGUGAGAUUAAAUUUCUGGUGAUGCGUGUAUCACAAAAAUAGAAACUCUGGCUUUACAUAGUAUGUUUACUGCACAAGGUAAACUACCCUUCCUGUCUAGAAACUUGGGAUUGUUAUAGUUACAGGUAUACAGUAGUGACACUUUAAUUUCUGUCUGUGGAUCAUUGGUACGGUAGCCAGGCGAAUGUCACAUGUAUUACGAGGCUUGCUUGAAGACAGUUUAACCCAAUAUAGUCUUUUUUAUCUUUUUUGGAAAA